GAGAGCGCUCUUUCACUCUCCUUGCCUUGCCUCGCUUGCCCCACAAACUCUCAGUCUCUCUCUCUCUCCCUCUCUCUCUCUCUCAAUUCCUGUCGGCGUCCCUGGAGUGCGUGUAUGUGUGCACUGUAUGUGUGUGAAUGUGUGCGUCAGUGUGUGUGCGUGUGCGUGUGUGUGUUUAUACCCCCAGCCCCAAUCUUGUCUCACUAUGUGUUUAUAUGUGGGCGUAUGUGCGUUUGUGCGCUAGCUGUAUUUCCUCGAGCCUCUCGCUCCCUCUCUCUUAUACAGCGCUGGGUUAAAAAAGUAUUUUUGGGGUUAUAAGCACGUUGCUUACUUCAGGGCUGGAUGGCGGAGUUGGUGAAAGUUCGUAAGAAACACCUCCAGACUCCCAUUUCAAGGCUCAGGUGCAUGGUCAGGCAGCUGGAGGAGAGGGAUGUGGACCUGGAGGAGCUGAAGAAGAACCUGGAGUACACCGCCUCCCUACUGGAGGCCGUCUACAUCGAUGGCACAAGGCAGACGCUCGAGACGGAGGAUGACCUCCAGCAGAUGCGUUCGGACGGCGUGCCCUCGGAAGUGCGAGACUGGCUGGCCUCCACCUUCACCCAGCGGCCCCGACGCCUCAGCCGACGCCCAGAUGAGAAACCGAAGUUCCGCAGCAUCGUCCACGCCGUGCAGGCCGGGAUAUUCGUGGAGAGGAUGUUUCGCAAAGCCUACACGGUAUCCAUGCCAGACCAGCCAGCUGAGGUCACACACUGUCUCAGGGAUGUGGACCGCUGGAACUUUGACGUGUUUGCCCUGGACGCUGCCAGCUCGGGACACGCCCUGCAAACGCUUUUCGUGGAGCUCAUCAUCAGAUACGAGCUCAACAGUAGAUUUAAGAUACCAAUUUCCUGUUUGAUGUCCUUCCUGCCUGCACUAGAAAAAGGCUACGGCAAGCACAGCAACCCUUACCAUGGCCACACACAUGCAGCUGACGUCACACAAACCAUGCACUGUCUACUCCUACGCACAGGGCUUGUGCACUGGCUCACGGAACUGGAGGUCUUUGCCUGUCUCUUUGGAGCCGCCAUCCAUGACUACGAGCACACAGGAACCACCAACAAUUUUCACAUUCACACCCGGUCGGAGUUGGCCAUGGUCUACAACGAUCGCUCGGUGCAGGAGAGCCACCACCUCAGCGCCACCUUCAGACUGCUCCAAGACGACCAGAUGAACAUCUUCACCAACCUGUCCAGGGAGGAGUGGAUAGAGUUCCGUGCCUUGGUUAUAGAGAUGGUGCUGGCCACAGAUAUGUCAUCUCACCUUGCUCAGGUCAAGGGCAUGAAAACCUUCCUACAGCAGCAGGAAAGAAUAGACAAGUCAAAAGCCCUCUCCUUACUUCUCCACACGGCGGACAUCAGCCAUCCAACGAAACCCUGGGGACUUCACUCACGCUGGACUAAAGCACUCAUGGAGGAGUUCUUCAGGCAGGGCGAUAAGGAGGCAGAGCUGGGUCUUCCAUUUUCUCCGCUGUGUGAUCGCAACAGCACAUUGAUUGCGCAAUCUCAAAUAGGCUUCAUUGACUUUAUUGUGGACCCAACGUUCUCCUUACUGACUGACAUGGCUGAAAAGAUCGUCAUCCCUUUGGUACAGGAGAACCCUGGGCCUCCAGACCCCUGCAACAGACACAGUUCCGUGUGGAAGGAGAGCUCCAGAGGGCUGGAGUGGAGCCUGGCGCACAUCACAGCAGAGCUGGUCAGCUUCAGGUCAACGUGGACACGCCACACGGAGGACAACAAGAUCAAGUGGAAAGAGAGCGAGACCAACGGAGACAGUGAUGAGACGGUCCUAGAGGAGCGAUCGUCCAGCAGAGAGGACCUGUCCGGAGGGAAGUCCCAGGAGCCCCCUGUAAACAACACUAAACAGUAGCCGCCUUUCACCUUCAGGCCUCGCCGGCAGUGUUGCCAGAUUGGGCUGUUUCCCGCCCAAUUGGGCUGGUUAGGAUGGCCGUGUGUGGGUAAAAAUGGCAUUUAGCAGAAAAACCCACCCAAUUUUUGCAGUAGAAAUAAAUAGAAUUGGGCAGGAUUUUGUGCUUCUAGGCGGGUUUUCAGCAUUUUUUGGGCUGGAAAUCAUCAGCCUCAUCUGGCAACCCUGCUCGCCGGGGCCUGGUCAGUCUCCUGAGCUGACACGCAAGAAUGCCCUGCUUAAAUAUGCUACUCGACACAGUCUCAUAGUUCAAAGGAUUUACUGUGUGUGUAUACUUGAAUAUCCACCACCAAAAGUUUGCCUUUGAAACGUUGACAUAAUUAUUUUUUUAGGGUCAUCAGAAGGACUGUUAUGAAUAUGAAGAAUAUAUAAAAAAUAUAUAUUUAAGUAUCGCAAUAGAGUUUACUAAUUAUAUCUAUUUGUAAGAUUAACGUAUGCCACUAGCUGCCUUUGAAGCACAACGUUACCUUUGUAUUCCACUCAGAGUGCUGUAUGUACAGAGAGCGAAACGGGACGCACCAGUGAGUGUGAACGUGCAAACGUGACUGACGAUAGUGGUUGUACUAGUAGACGUCUGUGAGAACAGCAGCGGGACACAUGUGAUUCACGAGCUGUAGGACAACACAUUAGACAUGCGGGUCAUGUUAUCUGUUUAGUUCUAUGUAGAAGCUCUAGACGACUCCUCCCUGUCUCUUUGUAUUAAUUUAUCUGACAGAGUGAGACCGUUUUCCUACCUACAAUAGCAGAUCAGUCUGGAGUCUUUUUAAAUAUGCUUAUCAAAUAGUGGUGUUAAUGUUCAAAUAAAGAAGUGAAUAAAUAAAUGUGUUA